AUGUUACCGUAUAUCGAUCGCCAACUUUCCUCCUACAUUCCAUUUCUGUUCGUGCUGGUUGUCACAUUCGCUCAGUUUACCUCAUCAACAUCUAUAUCUCUACCUCAUCACUCUCAAGAGAAGUUACCAGGUAGAUUCGUACCAUUCUCGAAGUUAUCUACAUGUCCAUCUUUACCCAGCAGGAAGCCACCGAAAACCUCCAAAGAUGUUCGUCCAGACGAUUUCAAAGUGGUCAUAGCUUUAGGUGACUCAAUCACCGCCGGAUUACUAGCAAGAGGAUCAAGGGACGAUCUAUCCCAGCUGUCAAGCAAACAAAGACCUAUGGGUAUCCAGAGGAUACCUGACAUAGUAGAAUGGCGAGGUAUAUCCUAUCCUAUAGGAUCUGAUGACGGGGCAAUAACCAUCCCCAACAUUCUCAGACACUACACUCGGAAUGUGACGGGAGUUUCAGCAGGGCAUCACCGGCCGAUAAGUUGUCUGAGUGUUGGAUGUGGUGCGAUUCAUCCGGAGGGAGAUGGGCUGAAUGCUGCUAUUUCGGGUAGUACGAGUAAUAGUCUGAUGAGUCAGGUCAAAGACUAUAUCAUACCUAAGAUGAUUGAAUUAGACGUGAAGAAGGAAGAUUGGAAAUAUGUUAAUAUCGGUAUAGGCGCCAAUGACGUUUGUGCAUUCUGCUUGACUCCAAACUCUACUGCAUUCCCAUUUUCUGGAACACCCCAACACUUCGCAAUGGAUAUCAAGAAAGCUGUAAAUGAAUUGAGGAAACAUGUCCCCAAUAUGAUUGUCAAUAUCAUUGGUUUGUUCAGAGUUUCCGACAUCUACAAGCUCACACUCAAGGAUCCAUACUGCCAACCUCCACAUCUACCGAUCCCGCAUUUAGCUCUCGAAUGUUCUUGCGCACUCAUACCAGGUCCCGUAGGAGACUAUACUCGACAGAAGAUGGACGAAUUGGGACAAGCGUAUGAUCAAGCUGUAUGGGAUGUCAUAAGGGAAUGGGAGGAAGAGGCGGAUCCGUCAUUCGCUGCGAUAUGGCAACCCGGCACAUCCGUCGAUCUAGCCAACUAUCCCAUCGAGGCAUUAUCAAAGAUAGACUGUUUCCACCCUUCGGAACUCUCGCAUCAGCGUGUGGCUGGUGGAUUGUGGAAUAGGUUGACACUGAAUAUGAAAGACAAGUAUCGACCGAUUCCAUGGGAAGAGGAACCGAUGAUUAGAUGUUUGGAGGAAGAAGAUCGGAUCAAGGUAGGAGAGGUAUCUAGAAUGCUGAAUUAA